UGACAAGGUUGAGGUUAUCAGUGAAGUGCAAUCACCACAUCCUGCCAAAAGGAUAUAUAACGGGUGCUGUGGCUACAACACUCACUCGCUCAGGAUUUCUGUAGCAGUAUUACUGAAGCGUCAACAUGGAAAAAACGAAACAACAUCUUCUCCUGCUUUUUGAGCGACCUUUGGAACCUGUGUUUGUGCCCAAAGGGGAUAAUCAAUCAGUGUUCGAUGUGCCAGAAAAUUACCUGGUUGAUCGUUAUCGUCCUCUCCAAGAAGAACUUAGCAACCGGUUUGGAGCAGAUACGAAGGAACACAUUACUAUCAAGUCCGUUCAGAUUCCUGAUUUGAGUUUGCCACUCCAACUUGGCCGUCAGGAAAACUUCUCUCUCUUCAUCCCUUAUCACCGCAGAAUGGCUUCUGCCCUGAUUGAUGUGUUUAUGAGCCAGCCAACAUUAGAUGACUUCUUGUCUCUGUCUGUAUACACUCGUGAUCGCAUCAAUCCCUUCAUGUACUUCUACGCACUCUCAGUUGCCAUCCUACACCGACCUGACACCAAGAACGUUCCUGUGCCAUCGUUUGCUGAAGUUUUCCCAGAGAAAUACAUGGAUUCUGCUGUCUUUUCAAAAGCUAAAGAGGAAGCAACUGUUGUUCCUGAUGACUCCCGUAUGCCUUUAAUAAUACCUCGAGAUUACACAGCUUCUGACUUGGAUGAAGAACAUCGAGUUGCAUACUUCCGGGAAGAUUUAGGGAUUAACUUGCAUCAUUGGCACUGGCAUCUGGUGUAUCCAUUUGAAGCUGCAAGAAACAUCGUGAACAAAGACAGGAGAGGGGAACUGUUCUACUACAUGCAUCAGCAAAUUAUGGCAAGGUACAACUUUGAGAGAUUCAGCAACAACUUAUCUAGAGUGAAGCGCCUGUUGAACUGGAGAGAACCAAUCCCAGAGGGCUACUUCCCUAAGCUGGACAGCCUGGUGGCUAGCAGAGUCUGGCCUCCCCGCAAUGCUAACACCAUAUUAUCAGACAUAAACCGAGAAGUUGACCAGAUCAAGUUUGAUAUUCAAGACAUGGAAAGAUGGAGGGAUCGUUUCUAUCAAGCUAUACAUACUGGAAGUGUUACUUUGACAAAUGGGCAAACAAGACAACUGGAUGAGGACACUGGCAUUGAUUUAUUAGGCAACAUGAUGGAAUCCAGUAUCUUGUCUGUCAAUCGAUUCUUGUAUGGUGAUCUGCACAACAUCGGACACGUUGCCAUUGCUCUGUCUCACGAUCCCGAUCAUCGUCACCUGGAAACAUUUGGGGUAAUGGGUGAUCCUGCUACAGCAAUGAGGGAUCCUGUCUUUUAUCGCUGGCAUGCCUUUAUUGAUGACAUCUUCCAAGAACACAAAAACCUUCUACCACGCUACGAUGUCAAUCAGCUGGGAUUCAAUGGAGUGCAGAUGAAGUCUGCAGAAAUCAAUAUUCAAGGUCAAGCCAAGAAUCUGCUGCUGACCCUGUGGCAACAAAGUGAUGUUGAUCUAUCUCGUGGUCUAGACUUCACACCUCGAGGAAAUGUCUAUGCUCGCUUCACCCAUCUACAGCAUGUACCCUUCUCUUACAAAAUACAGGUUCAAAACAGUGGACAACAGAGGCAAGGAACCUGUAGAAUAUUUUUGGCCCCUAAGUUUGAUGAACGAGGUUUACCUUUCUUGUUCAGGGACCAAAAGAAUCUGUUUAUUGAGCUGGACAAGUUCACUGUUACUUUGAGAUCUGGAAACAACACAAUUAACAGAAGAUCAAAAGAAUCAUCUGUCAUUAUUCCAUUUGAGAGGACAUUCCGCAAUCUGGAAGCAGGAAGACCUUCUGCUGGUGCUGGAUUGGAGGAAUUCAACUUCUGUGGCUGUGGGUGGCCUGAACACAUGUUGAUACCUCGAGGAAACUCUGCUGGAUUGCUGUGCCAGAUGUUUGUUAUGAUCUCAAACUUCGAGGGUGAUAGGGUGGAUGUAACAAAUUCACCUGGGAAAGCGUGUGAGAACAACGCAAACAGCUACUGUGGCUUACGGGACAGCAAGUACCCCGACAAGCGCUCCAUGGGAUACCCAUUCGACCGUCUGCCACGUGAUGGAGUCAACACCUUGACGGAGUUCCUCACACCGAACAUGAUUGUUACCGACGUCACCAUCCGCUACACAGACCGGACUGUUACACCGAAAAUCGCAGGACAGAAUCAACAACCUGGACAAGGCUGAACCUAAUUCAUGAUUUAAUCUCUUUUUGCUUUGUGUACUAGCUUGCUUUAUAUACUAUAGACAAUAAAUGCAUUUUAAAACUCA